GGACGGCAUAGAAUUGUUAUGUUCCUUGAGGAAUUGGGGUGGUGACGUCUUUUCUGAUACCCGAUUAUUACGUGACUGAAAAAAAAAACUCAUUUGAUUCAUGAAUAAAAAUCCGAACGCCACAACAGUGCAACAAACAAUACUGCCGCCCUUAAAGGUAACAUGCAGACCGAUGUUUACAAGGAGGGCUCUUGAUAAAGCAGGGUGUUUGCAAAGAUUUUGUUGCUAAUUGCAUAAAAAAACGAGCUGCGGAAGGCUGGUCAACUUUGGAGUCACAGAGCAAGAAGAAGGAGAAAGCAGCAGCUGAAGCGAGAAGCAUCUCAGUGAAGGAAAAGAUCUGGGGAAGAGAACAUCUCACUGACAGCAGCUCCAGCACAGCCUGCUUCUCUCUCUCCUUGGCUUUCUCUUCCCCAUUCUUGUGUUCUUUUCUCUCUUUCUCCCUUCUGUCUCCUUCUCUUACUCCCUCUUUCUUGCUGUCCCUUCCCUGACAGACUCCACUCCAGAUCUGUGCUGGUUGCUACCUACAAACUUUUUUGAGCGGAUCCCCUUAAACCAGCAGACAAGUAACUGCUGCUCUUCUGCCUUCGGCUUCUUUGAUCGUCAGAGAGGCGAUGACACAAGAGUUUUAACUAUUUCGGCUGAAACUUGGGAGACAGUUUUUUUGUUUUUGUUUUUUUUUAAAUCUACCUUUUAAUUGCGCAGCCAAACGCUCUUAGUGCCGGGUGUUAAGAGUUUAAUGAGUGGCAAUGUGUAGCAAAGCGAUCCUAGCACUACUGGUCUAUGGGAUAAUAAUGCACUGCAGCGUCUACUGCUCACCUGCUGCUGGAUUUCAAUACCCUGCGCUAAGGAUUUCUCAGGAGGCACCGCCACAUGCGUCUGAAUUCUUGCCCUUUGCUUUCCGGGCUAGGCUGGAAGAUGAAGUGUAUGACGAGGAUGGAAACACGCUGCAGGAUUUCGCCUUUGACAACGACCCCCUUGGCAUAGCGAACCCUUCCUCCAUGAUAGACGACAUGUACACCCUGUACUACCCACCGGAAAAGAGGCACGCCGAUGGGAUAUUUAACAAAGCCUACAGGAGAGUCCUGGGUCAGCUAUCCGCUCGGAAAUACCUGCAUUCUUUGAUGGCCAAACGGGUGGGCGGUGCCAGCGGCCUGGAGGACGACUCGGAACCGCUCUCCAAACGGCACUCGGAUGGCAUCUUCACAGACAGCUACAGCCGCUACCGGAAACAAAUGGCUGUCAAGAAAUACUUGGCAGCGGUCCUGGGGAAAAGGUAUAAACAAAGAGUUAAAAACAAAGGACGCCGAGUAGCGUAUUUGUAGCGCUGAGUAACCCACCACUCCUGUGUAUACAGAGCCCCUAAAAAAAGAAAAACAAAAGUCAUUUCCAAAGUGACUGAACAAUCACCGCUCCUGUGUUAUCUAAACAUGUAUUUAUGUAUGAAGUAAAGCCAUUAAAUGAAUAUUUUGAUAAUAAUAUUGUUUUUCUUUUUGUAUAAAAGCACUAGAGAAACGCACAGAUCUACUUUGUGGACCAAUCAUUAAGUUAUAUAUAAUAUAUAAAUAUAUAUAUAUAAAUACUACUGAUAGAGAACAAUUCUUCAUAUAAAGCCUGCACAAGAACAAAAAAAUUCGCCUGAGCUGUUUAUGUUUUUAUAUAAAAUAAAUAGAAAAAAGACAAUCAUUGUUUGAAUAUUGCUCCUAUUUUUGUAAGUGAAAUUAAAAGGAUAGUAUUUUUAUCCAUGACAGGGUCGAAGACAUUACUAGUCACCAUUUGCUACUGUACAUAGACACUGAUGCCCCGCUACAAGGGGAUUAUGGUGAUAAUGAUCUGGAAGAAUUGCUGAAGCAGAUUCUUACCCCCUCCCCCCGUGAGUCUCAAGACAGGCUCCUUUACCACUAGCCUAUUUUAAGGGGGCACUGCCUCCCCCUUGCGAGAGAUUUCAAUUUUUCUGCUUUCUUUGGUUCCACUUUUAUAUGUAUUUGUGUCUCUCAAACACUGAGCUUAGAAGAUAAUUCUCCUGUGGUGAAACAGCUCUGUCAAAAUUGUGCAUCUCUGACAAUUGGAGGGGGGAAAAUAUUUAGCCCCAUUCAUUGUUCUUCUGAUUGGGCAUAGCUACAGAACAAAGGCAACCAGAAAUUAGAGCGAUUGGAAACCAGUUGAAAUUUCGAUACUGGAAGCGAUAGAGCACAGAUCAGAGAGGAGGUGCCCCUUAUGAAUGCGUGGUUUUAGACUGCCAGAGGGUCUGGGUAACAUGAGACAAUUCCACUUUAGAUCCACUACCUAACUGACCGUCGGCAGCUCGGUAUUGGAACUUGAUGCAAAGUAUAAUGUGUUACUCUCCAGUGCUGUCCAUGCCUCUCAUCAUGUGAAAUGACCAGGAUUCUCUCCUUUGAAUUUUUCAAGCGGAGUUGCUCCUUUCCUUUGUUGUUUUCUUGUAGACCCUUCCCCCUCCUGACCUGUCUUGCACUAUUUAAGCACGGUUUCCCAUCUGAGUCACUUAUUAUUAUUAUUAUUAUUUUCAAUUUAAGGUUGUGAACGCCUCUCACUCUUUCGUUCUGUUUGAUGCAAGCUCUUAUUGUAAAAGUUUAGGAACCCCUGUUGUAGCUACCACUAAAUAAUUAUGCACUACAACUAAAGUUUUGUUCUUGUUUAUUGAGUUUGGAGGUAAAAUGUAUUUUUCUACAUUAUGGCUUAUUGCUUAGUAAAAUUUAUUU